AUGCUCGCCUCUGCUGCCGACACCACAAAAGAUGGUGACAUCUCGUUUGAAGAGUUUUGCGCUUUUGAGGCACUUCUCUGCAGCCCUGAUGCUCUUUACCUGACUGCAUUUGAACUUUUCGAUCGGAAUGCCAGCGACUCAAUCACCUGCGAUGAAUUCGAGGCGGUCAUUCGACAUACAGAACCGCUUUAUCACAUGGACUUUGAUUUCAACUCGGAGUUUAUCAAGAAGUAUUUUGGCGCGUAA